GCAGUGUGUGUGUGUGGUGUGAGCCCAGAUUACAACCAACCAGAUACUGAAGCAGGGAAGACAGGAGUGCGGAGGACAGAAAUAAAAGGAUAUAAGCUCCUCUGACAUAUUCUCUCCUUCUGUGUCAGUUGAAAGGACAAAAAGAGGGGAUUUACACGCAGGUUGUGGACAGGAAGAGGGAAGAACAGUGAGAAGAAGGGGAAGAAAAAGAAAGAGGAGGAAUACUGUCAUUUCCAAGAGCAAGCGGUUCAGAGGACGGGCUGUCACAGAAGAGGAGGUGAUGUGUGUGAGCUUUGGGUCUGCAACACGAGUGAUACAACAGGGUGUGUGUGACGCAAACUCCCCCCACGCCCCAACAUCAUCUACGGAGAACCAACUCGAGGUUUCACAAGCCAUGCUGAGGACCAGGAGCCAGACAGAGUCCUGCUGAACACAAUGGCCCAGGCUAAAGGACGGAGAGAUGGCAUGGUGUCGUCCAAUGAGAACAGGCGCAGGCCGCUGUCGUCGGGUGAGGUGGAGGGCCUGUCAUGGCAGGGCCCACGGACCAUUUUUGUCCUGAAGAACUCACAGGGAUUCGGCUUCACUCUGCGCCACUUCAUCGUCUACCCACCAGAGUCGUCCCUCCACAGCCUCAAGGAUGAAGAGAAUGGAAAUGCAACCGGAAAAGUCUGUCAGCAGUCUCGUUUGGAGCCAAUGGACACCAUCUUUGUGAAGAGUGUUAAAGAAAAUGGCCCCGCGCAACAAGCAGGACUGUGUACAGGGGACAGGCUGGUGAAGGUGAAUGGGGAGAGCAUUCUGGGAAAAACCUACUCUCAGGUGAUCGCACUCAUCCAAAACAGUGAAAACAUUCUGGAGCUCUCUAUUAUGCCCAAAGAUGAGGAUGUGUUGCAGUUGGUAAGUGCGUACUCCCAGGAUGCCUUCCUGAAGGGCAAUCAGCCAUAUUCAGGCGAAGCCCAGAACCUCCCUGUGCCGCCGCCUCUCUGUUACCCUUCCACUAAGCCCAGCUCCGCUGCCCCACAGCCCGACCACAACCUCCACAGUCCCCUGGACAACUGGCAGUGCCGGCCCGGCCCCGCUGCCUUUCCACUGGACAACCGCCCACCUGCUGCUUCUACACCCACCUCCGGCUGGCCCGGGGGUCCUGAGGAUUCCAGUGGCCACUUUGCCCCGCCGGGGCGGCACCGAGGCCGCUCCUCUUCGGCCAUCAGUGUGCUGGACUUUCACUUUGCUAACCACAAUGCUGCCGUCGCCUCUGCAACCCUCCCUCCGCCACGGAAGAGCAGCCUGCCAGCCUCUGCCCGCACUCACGCCGAUACUCUUUGCCACCAGGCUCUGUCGGACUGGUACUACAGCCAGGCGGAGGCUGCAGAGAGCAUGUCCCCCCGCCACCGCAGUAUAUCUCAGGAUUGUGUAGCGGAGCACGGGCUGGGGUUGGUCCUCGGCGCCGGACCGACAUAUGCUUCCCCAACUGCUGCGGAGCACCGCCGAAGAGAAACCAUCCUGUGCCACCACCAGGCAGCAACUGCUUCCCAUGAUUCCUAUUGGCUAGGGGGCUGGGGUGGUGUAUCAGGACCAGGAAGCAGGUCAUGCUCGGAGAGCCUCCUGGCAGCCUACGCCGAGUACGAGCAUAACUACGGGCGUUCUGUGGAGACACUGGCACAAGCCUCUGCACUGGUGUCGCCACGCCAUGAACACUCGUCACAAGGCGCCCGGAUGGAAAAAUUCAGAGAGCAAAAAGAGCAGAAGGUCUCAGCAGGGCACCAGCACAAAACCACAGUGAUAUACCCCAUCACAGCCUCCUCCACAGUGCCUCCCAGUGGCAGGCGGUCCGGUCAGCAGGUAGCUGAACCCCAAACAAGGCGGGUAAAAGAAGAAGAGCUGGUGGGCUACAAAAGCUACAGCCCGUCUUUCUCCCGCAAAGCUGGCCACCUCCUCCAGCAGGCCCACUCCUUCAGAGAGCCCAACUACAGCGGCCCUCACCUCAACUGGAGCCCCGGCAGCAGAAGCAGCCCUGCAGACAACGAGGGGGGGUUGGUACCCAGGCCGCGGUCUACCCCCGCCCUGUCUGCGGCAGAGGAGGAGAGAGCUCAACUGGGUGAGGACAGGGAGCUCCUCUGCCCCAUCUCCCUGAAUCAAGAGGUGGUGCUGAGACAGAAGCCGCCUUCCGGCCGUCGGACACCCAUUCAGGCCGCUCGACAUCCCCACUACCCCACCCCUGGAGAGUCACCCGAGCCCCCUGGUCUGGAACCUCCACGAGGGACCCCCUCUCCUGUCUCUGGAGGGCCCGGCCCCAACCGCAGGGCUAAUGGUAGCCUGGCUCAGCAUGCAUACAACUCCCUGUCCUCUAUUCCCUUCAUAGAUGAUCCCACCAGUCCUAGCAUUGACCUGCAGGCCAGCUAUGUACCAGCCCGCUCUGUUGUGUCCAGUUCCCAGGCCUCCACUAUGGCCACCCUCACUUCUACCUCUGUCUCCCCCACCCUCUCCUCAAUCUCCCCCUUUGUUCGACUUCGUUCUCAGGACUGCAGCAGUAUUAAAGGUCGCCGCUCCUCUUACUUGCUGGCCAUCACCACCGAAAGAUCUAAGUCCUGUGACGAGGGCCUCAACACCUUCAGGGAAGAAGGCCGCGUCUUCUCCAAACUACCAAAAAGGGUCAAGAGCUUUUUCACUGAUGCGUCUCUGGAGAGCCUGCGAGCCCAGGAAGAAGCCCGGUCCAAACGCCACUCUACUUCUGAACUGGGAACCAUCACCUUUAAUGAUGUUCGCAAGGAGGGCUGGCUGCACUACAAACAGAUCCUCACAGAGAAGGGAAAGAAAGUCGGCGGUGGCAUGCGACCAUGGAAGCGCGUCUUCUCCGUGCUCCGUUCCCAUUCGCUCUUCCUCUACAAGGACAAGCGAGAGGCCGUCCUUCACGGGGCGGGGGCGGGGCCCAGUCAGGACGAACAUCCUCCAAUCAGCAUCCACGGCUGCCUGAUCGACAUCGCCUACAGUGAAACCAAGCGUAAGCACACCCUGCGGCUGACCACGCAGAACUUCUGUGAGUACCUGCUGCAGGCCGAGGACAGGGACGACAUGCUGGCCUGGAUCCGGGUCAUCAGGGAGAACAGCAAGACCGACAACGAGGAGAUUGGUUUCUCAGGACAAGCUCUCAUCAACAAGAAGCUGAAUGACUACAGAAAACACAGUCUGACGGGUGGUAAGCCAGACUCGUCUCCCAGAGCCCAUCGUAUGAUGCCUCCCUUCCUCCUGGCUAAGACUGACAACACCUCAGUGAACCGAGCCUCCAGAACUGAUGACAACAAGGCGCUGUGGGGCAUCAACAUCAUGAAGAAGGCCAAGAAGACAGGCAGUCCGAAGGCUUUCGGUGUGCGCCUGGAGGACUGUCAGCCUGCUGUCAACCAUAAAUUUGUCCCUCUGAUUGUGGAGAUGUGCUGCGGUGUGGUGGAGGAGACGGGUCUGGAUUACACCGGUAUCUACCGCGUGCCGGGGAACAACGCCAUGGUGUCCAACCUGCAGGAGCAUCUCAACAAGGGCAUGGACAUCAACACCGCUGAGGAGAGAUGGCAGGACCUAAAUGUAAUCAGCAGCCUUCUCAAAUCGUUCUUCCGAAAACUGCCUGAGCCGCUGUUUACUGAUGACAAGUACAACGAUUUCAUUGAUGCCAACCGAAUAGAAGAUGCAGAGGACAGACUGAAGACCAUGAAGAAACUGAUCCAUGACCUCCCAGAUCACUAUUAUCACACCCUUAAGUUCCUAGUGGGUCACCUCAAGAAGGUGGCAGAUCACGCUGAAAAGAACAAGAUGGAGCCGAGAAACCUGGCUCUGGUGUUUGGUCCUACUCUGGUGAGGACGUCCGAGGACAAUAUGACCGACAUGGUCACCCACAUGCCUGACCGCUACAAAAUAGUGGAGACUCUUCUCCUGCACCAUGACUGGUUCUUCACGAAUGGAGAGCUUGAUAAAGAAGAGAAGGCCCCAGAGGAUAAGCGAGAUAUGCAGCCUGUGCCAAACAUUGACCAUCUGCUGUGCAACAUCGGCAGGCCGGGCAUGCCAGGAGAGGCAUCGGAUUCCACCACCAGCGAUUCACUUAAGACAAAGCUUUCUUCGCUCUCCAAGAAGGACCUGAAUGCCAGGGACUUCCUGCCCAAGUCCAUCAUCUCUGCUGUGACCCGCAAACGUAAAAAAUGCCUCAGUACCGACCUGCAGGGCGGCAGCGCUGACGAGGACUCCGAGCAUGAGCCAGUCAAAACCAGCAACUACGGGGGAGGAGGGGAAGGGGAGGAGGAAGAGGAUAGAAGAGAGGAAGAGGCAGUCAAGGGAGAACAUACCAUUCCUAAAAAAGAAAAAAGGGAUGUAAAGGAAACUGGGGUGAAAGCUAGAGAGACCACAGAGGAGAAAGAUGUAUUGUCUGGAGAGGAAGAGGCUGAAAAGGACAUGGGAAACGUAACAGACAACGGUGCAAAGAAAUUUGAGAAGUGCAAUAGGCGGAGAACAACCUUGCAGAGAAACGCACUGCAACUUUGUCCAAACAGUUUCCUCUGCUCAGACCAUCAGACCCAUGCCACAUACCCGAGACCCCCAACAGUGUCUAAUCCUCCUUCCCAUUUGAGGCCUCACAAUCAGGCCAGAGGACACCCCACAGUCCCUUUCUGGAUCUACCCCACCAGGCUUCCAAACCUUUACCAUCAGCCAGACUGGAACCAGUCGGUGCCAGUCCGCUACAGGAAGACAAGAGGUGGGAGGACAAGGGCUGUUUCCAUGAAUCUAGACCUUGAGCUAUGCAGGAGUGAGGACAAAAUCCGAGGAUGUAGAGCAGAGAGAUUGGAGGUGAUCAGAGUCAUUGAGGGUGCACCAGGUCAGCAUGGCUGUGUUGGGGUUCCUCAGGGAUCAAUUGUGGGUCCUGGGUCAAUUGAGCAAAAAGAUCCCCCCCCUCAUCUUGUCCAGGAGUCUCCCCCACUCUCCUCCUCUUCCUCGGGAUGGAUAGAUCAAAGCUCCCUGGGAUCUCAGGCUGUGGUCCUGAGGAGAUCGGCCCUGGGCCCACGGGACAAGACCAGAGCGUGGCGUCGUCACACGGUGGUUGUUUAACCUGACUGUCUCAUCUACUAAUGCAGUACCAAGUACUUGCCCUUUACUCACAAACACUGGAUCACCUGCUUCUAAAGCCAAGUGUCCGUCAUAUUGCUCAAUACUCUUUCUUCAAUACUUUGGCACGGAAUUUGGAGACAAGAUCCCAUGGUAAAGGAAUUAUUUGCCAUUGUGUGCAGCUGUAGAGUUUCAUUCCAAAAUGAUAUAACGUACAUUUGAUGAUUAAAAAAAAAGCUUACUCAGAAAUUAAUAUAGAAAUUAUACUAUUCAACUACUUUUGAAGCUAUUUAUUUUUAACCCUUUACUUAUCAUCUUUAAUCCUUUACUUACUUACCAAACACACACACACUGAACAUGGCAAAUUGAGAUCCUGCUAUUUCCAGGAAAUUCUCAGCAAAAUCUGAUCACGUUUCUCAGGUAAAACACCUGUGGGAUCCUGUGAUCUACGCUUCCACACACCUGUUGUAGAUACAGUUGGACCUUGAACUGCCGAUAUUAUGGCACAGUCACACCAGAAAGUGGCGCGGUGAAGUUAAGCCGUGAGUGCUUGUGAAAUAAGUGGUGCUAUAAGCUUGGUGACAUAGUGUGUACUGGCCAGGGUAGCUGGCAAGCUAACAAGCUAACAUGCAACCCAGCCGGGAAGACGCUGAUGUUAGUCAGUCACAAUAGAUCUCUGAGCUAGGUAGCAUGCUAAUUGACAGUUGACAAGACAAUAAGUUUACACAGUAUGUGGAGCAUUUUACUCCUGAAUCAAAGUGGAGUGCCACACAGCUAAUCAACUACAGUAGCUUCCACUGUUCUGGACUUCAAAAAGCAAGUAUUAAAGUUUCAGUUUAUUUCACCCCAACAAGCGAAUGCACUAAUCACGACAAUUACAAUUUCCAUUAAAAUUAACUGAUUUCGCGGCAGAAUUUUGCCAUUUUAAAUGCUGAUAUGAUCAGGCCUUGACAGCAAUAUAACUGGAUACACUUUUCACCUGGAAGGGUUUCAUCCAAUAACCUUUCAUCCUAAUAUGACAAUUCACUGUGUGUAUUCAGCUUAGUGGCAAAAUAUGCUUUUAGAUUAAGAGAACAAAGCAGAGUGCAAAAUAUGUAAAUGAAAACGAUACCGUAUUCUACCAUGCAAACCUCAAUAUCAGAAAAGAGAAGUAGGGUCAAUUUCAGGCUUUGAAUGCAGAAGAUGAUCCUAACUAAACAGUGCUCCCGUUCCUUAAACAACCAAAACAACAUGCUGAAAUGGCUAAAAAGUUAUGGCAAGAAAUCCUGGGCUUUUAUAACAACAACAAAAACUUUCAACCUAACAAACAACAUUUAACCAUGUGAUUAUAGCAUCUUUUUAAAAGAUUCUGAUGAAGUUGUUUGUUGAAAAUUGGUGUAGUCAAUGUGCUAGUCUUGAAACAAUUACUAGGUGGUGCCAAAGUAAGGACUUUCUAAAUCCUACACAUUGCGUGCGUUCCAUUUGUGCUCAGAAUUUGGAAUUUCCGAGUUCCAAGUCAGGAAUUUCAAAUUCGUCUCUGAAAGUCACACAGUAACCCGAGCAAAGCCGACCACAAAAUCCAACAUGGUGAAACAGUAGUAGUAGUGAACAGUAGUGGAAGCUAUAGUAAUCAGGACUUUACGUUCACUUUUUUUUAUCACUUUGGCUAGUAGAUUUUUAAGUUACCAGCCAAUCAGAUUUUCCGCUACCCAAAUGUUUGUUUCUUCCUAACUAACUAUACUUUUAUUUCAGCUCCUUUGGUUUGUUUCGCGCUGUUCAGUUCGUCUUCUUAAUUUCAGCGUAGCUCGUAAUCGAUACCACGCGUUAGCCACCUAGCCAAUGGUUGUAUAACACUUUACAACAUAGCGUUCAUGGGAAAUGUAGGAUUAGUACUACAAGCAGUGUUGCCAGAUAAAGAUUACGUUUCCAAG